CUUCUGCUCACCCUGCUGCUGGGGGCUGCCCUCCCACGGCCCUUGGAUGAGAGCUACUCAGUCCCUGAGGACUUCUCUGCUCUCCUGGAGCUUCCGCAGCAGCACUUUNCUCUGCCUGCAGAUUAUGGCAUCAAGCCCAAGCAGCCGCGCCUCAGGACCCGGCUGGGACGGAAGCGGCCAGAGUGGCUGCAAAGAGCUGGUAAAAGCAAGAGAGAUGAGCUUGACCUGCAGGAGUACUAUGAUGAUGCCCAUCUGUGA